AAGUGUUCUCUGAAGCCGAAUCUAUGACGAGAAGAAUCCCGUUCUUUCUCUGCAUCUUCUUCAAUCUCACGGCUGCUCUGUUUUCGCUCUCCUAUGCCGGUGAUACCUUAACCCCUGGCCAGCCUCUCCUCGACGCCUCCGAAGCAACCUUGAUCUCCGAGGGCAGCACCUUCGUGUUGGGUUUCUUUAGCCCCGUCGGCUCAAGAAACCGAUACGUCGGCAUAUGGUUCCGCAACGUCUCCCAACAAACCGUCGUAUGGGUCGCCAACCGCAACCGCCCGAUCACCGAUGGCUCUGGCCUCCUUUCGCUCAGUACAAACGGAACGCUUGUCGUCUCCGACAACAGCUCCGCCGUCUUGUGGUCUUCCAGCUCACCGGCACUCGUUAGCCCUGUGGUGCAACUCCUCGACAACGGGAACUUGGUUGUUCGAGAAGCCGGCGACGUCGACAAUAGCCGCUACGCAUGGCAGAGCUUCGACUUCCCGACGGACACGCUCCUCCCAGGCAUGAAGUUGGGGUGGAACCUGACGAGCCGACGCAACCGCAUCCUCACGGCAUGGGCGAGCACCAGCGACCCGGCAGAGGGGAACUACACCUUCGGCAUCGACUUGCGCGGCGAUCCCCAAAUAUUCUCGUGGGUGGGCACGCAGCAGCAGUUGCGCCACGGGCCAUGGAACGGCCUUUACCUCAGCGGCAUCCCGGAGAUGAUGCCCUACGAUGUGUUAGAGUUCAGCUUCGUGAUCGACAGAGAGCAGGUGGCGUUCAGUUACACCAUCCUCGAUCCCUCGUUGAUCAGGCGAAUGGUCAUCAAUCCGACGUCUGGCUACAUGGAAGGCCUUAUGUGGACCAAGGACAUCAGUCAGACUUGGAGCAGGCGAGUAUCGAUGCCGAGGGAUAACUGCGACAGCACCAUCUCCCUCUGCGGCCCCUAUGGCCGUUGCUACCCCAACGACUGGUCCCCGUGCAAUUGCCUGUCGGGCUUUCAUCCCCGGAAUCCAAACGAUUGGCGUCUCGUCGUGAACACCUCGGGCGGCUGCGUGAGGAACACAGAGUUGGACUGCUAUAACAACACAGAUGGGUUCAUCCGGCAGAGCAACGUGAAGUUACCGGACACAUCCGCGUCGACGGUGGACUGGAGCAUGCUGAGCCUCGAUGACUGCCGAAGUUCGUGCCUCAGAAACUGUUCUUGCACGGCUUAUGCGAGAGCCAACAUCAGCGGCAGUGGCAGAGGGUGCAUAUUGUGGUUCAAUCCACUCACAGACAUAAAAUUGUUCAACUCUGGAUCGGGACAGGAUCUAUUUGUCAGGGUUGCAAAUGCAGACCUAAAAGCCAUGGAUUCUCACCGGAGUCCCAGAAUCGUAAUCAUAGUCGUUUCCUCAGUGGCAACUUUGACUUUCCUAACACUUGUUGCUUGUUGCAUUUGGAAAUGGAAGAAAACAGAGUAUCAUUUCAAAGAUGAAACUGGAGAAGAGGCGAUAAGCCUGCCCUUGUUCGAUUUUGCUGCUGUCGUACAUGCUACUGAUAAUUUUUCUUCAUCUAACAAGCUUGGAGAGGGCGGAUUCGGUCCUGUAUAUAAGGGUAGGUUGAAAGAACAGGAAAUAGCUGUGAAACGAUUGUCCAAAACAUCAGAACAAGGCUCAAAUGAGUUCAAGAAUGAGGUGGUGUCGAUUGCAGAGCUACAACAUCGAAAUCUUGUUAGACUCCUCGGCUAUUGCAUUGAAGAAAGGGAGAGGAUGUUGAUAUAUGAAUACAUGCCCAAUGGGAGCCUAGACAAAUUCUUAUUUGAUAAAGUCAAAGCUAGUUCAUUGGUUUGGAAAUCACGUUAUAAUAUAAUUCUUGGUAUCGCUCGAGCUCUUCUUUAUCUUCACCAUGAUUCCAGACUAAGGAUCAUUCAUAGAGAUUUGAAAGCAAGUAAUAUUCUUCUCGAUGAAGAUAUGAAUCCAAAAAUAUCAGAUUUUGGUUUGGCAAAAAUAUUUGACGGAAAUGAAAUAAUAGGAACAACAAAGAGAGUUGUUGGAACAUAUGGAUAUAUGUCUCCGGAAUACAUCAAAAAUGGAAUUUACUCAGUGAAAUCUGAUAUUUUUAGUUUUGGAGUAUUAAUACUUGAAAUUAUUACGGGCAAAAAGAAUAUUGGAUUCUAUAUUUCUACGGAGCACUUAAACCUUCUAGAGCAUAUUUGGACUUUGUGGAAGGAAGACAGAGUUUUGGAAGCAGUAGAUGAAUCAAUAGGGACAUUUUGUGUUGCUGAAGUUUUAAGGUGUAUAAAUAUUGGAUUGUUAUGUGUUCAAGAACAACCAGAAGAUAGACCCACAAUGUCAUCCAUACUAUCAUUUUGGGGUAAUGAAGCUACCCAAUUGUUAAAUCCUAGAAGACCAGGUUUUGUGGUGCCUACCGAUCAAUCUGAAACUAAUUUGGAUAAUGGUAAGAAGUAUUGUCCAAUGUCGUCUAAUCAUUUAUCAAUCACAAUUUUAGAAGGUCGAUAGCAAUUAUCACAAUCCAAAUGUAAAACACCAAGUUAAUGUGAAUUAAACCCUUUUUAUUUUACUUUUGGCUACAUAUCGAACAAAUAAUUGUAGACAAUAGAUAAAGAUAGAUAUUUUGAAAUGUGCUCUAGUGUUAUGAUAAAUAUGAUAUAUAUU